AAUGAGCCUAAGUAAAGUUUAAGUCGGUGUAGAAACAACAAUGUAACGAAGACAGAGGUUUAAUUUCUACGCCUCAGUGACGUGACGGCUGAAAAAACCCAAACCUUUUUCUUUUCUUUGCAGCAGCAAAGUGAGAGGAACAACAAAAACACAACACGUGUCAUUAGCUGUGACUCGGACUCCGGCUGUGGCUCGUGUUUUUACGAGGGAAGGAAAGGAUGAAGGGAAAGUGGAUGUGGGAGGUGGGGAAGGACGGACGGAGUGAGUAAGUUCACCCCAGCUGAUUACAUAUGCAGCUCCGUGGAUUCUUCUGCUACCGUGAUGAUGGUGAUGACCUGUGUGUGAUGUCAGCAGGAGGGCUUAACCUUAUUUAAAGAGCGUUAUCAACCUUCACAUCCAAGCAGAGACUGCAGAGGGUCUAAAGAAGCCUCCAGAUACGCAGAAACAACCUUCAGAGAAGCAGAAACAACCUCCAGAGAAGCAGAAACAACCUCCAGAACAGCAGAGGUCCUCAGAGGAACACGACCCACCACAGAAACCUGGACCUUCACUGGAUUCGUAACAAUCACAAAGAGCCGAGGACACUGGUACAGACUCCAGGAUGUUCUGCUCCAGGAGAGUCCUGCAGCGCUGGAGCUUCGCUCUCUUCCUCCUCUGCUCGCCGGCGCCGCUCUUUGGACGUCCCAUGGACGCGCUCAGCAGCAGGAUAAAGCGCUCGGUGACUCACGCUCAGCUGAUGCACGACAAAGGUCGGAUGUUGCAGGACUUUAAACGUCGCAUGUGGCUGCAGGAGCUUCUGGAGGAAGUCCACACGCCGGAGAUCCGCGACCUUCCCGUCCGGACCACGGGGGCAGUUGGUGGAGGCGGCGGCGGCAGCAGCAGCACUACUGGCGCCGGCGUCGGGCUGCCGGGCGUCAGCCUGAGCACCACGGGCAGCACCCUGCACUCCAAACCACCAGGGGGAACCAAGAACCUCCCGAUCAGCUUCAGGCUGGAGGAGGAGGAGGGAACCAACCUGCCGCAGGAGACCAACAAGUCGCAGACGUACAAAGACGGCGUCCUCAAGGCGCCGGGCAAGAAGAAGAAGAAAGGGCGGUCCGGGAAGAGGAGGGAGGGCGAGAAGAGGAAGAGGAGGGCGCGUUCCCUCGGCUGGAGGCUGGACGAAGAACCCGGGAGUGGACUCCACCUGGAGUGGAGGUCCCUGCUCGGCCUGCAGAGGGCGCUGCUUUGAGACGCUGUCAGUCUCUGACACAGAAACCCACAGAACGUUGGAGUGGACUCCUAAAUACUCGUGUUACAGUCUCCUGUAAUAGUGAUUGUUUGGAAAGAAAUUGGAAAAUAUUUAUUGUCUGUAAAUAUUCUAAAUAUCGCAGAAUAGAUAGCAGAAUAUGAUUAAAAAAAGAUUUUAAUCUUUGUGAAUCCUUGCUUUUGUAUUUCUUUUCUUUUUAAAAAAAAUCCAAUAUGUCAGAUAUUUUUUUGUUUUUGCAGUAAUUUAUUUUGUCUGAAUGGUGUAUUUAUUUUGUAAAUGUAUCGAGGUGCUGCUGACCCUCUAUAUUUUUGUACCAUAAUGCACUUUAGAUAUAUAAAUAUAUAUACCAUUAAUUUGUUUAUUUUUGUGUGUGUGUGUGUGUGUGUUUGACUGAAAUGAAGAAAACGUCAUCGUCAGCGUAAAUCGCUCUGUUCACACGUCCACUUUUCGGUUGUUUGCUGCUGUUUUUUUGUCAUCUCACAUUACCUGUUUGUUUGUUUACCGUCUCACCUGUUGUAUUUGACCCCUGUGCUGCCUUCACUGUCUCCAUUUAUUCCACGACCCGCUCUGCUUCUCGAUGCCAAAGGACAUAUUUGUACAUAAACCAAACAAACACGGCUUGAUGUUGUUGUUGUUGUUGUUGUUGUUGUUUUUGGCACUUGCACUGAGAUAAACACUCUGUACUGAAUGGAUUAAACAUUUGACAGUAA